AAAGGUUCGGUCUCUCCUACGAUCUCUCGUUUCGAUUCCAUGGCUGUUCUUAAUCAUAGCGAGAGGAAAGGCGAGGGAGAUCCUUCGGAGAGAUACAGGAGGUUGGAGGAGGAGGACGAGGACGGCGACGAUGAUGUCCAAUCCCUUCGACGAAGACGACGAUUCCCAGGCCUCCUCCUCCCGCUCUUCCUCUCCCAUAUUAUUCCCCUCUUUAUCUCUCUCGGUAUUCGGAUCUAUGAUCGGCACGGCGGCGGCUUUCCGUUUGUUUCUUGAGAUUCGAUUUGAUGAAAAAUACGGGGUUUGGAGGAUAGUGUUUUGGGCCGGACAGAUCGUUCAGGACAUACAGCGCUGUUCUUUCCCUGACCAAGGAUCCAAUCUUGGACUCGCAAUUUGAUUGAUUUGUCCGCUCAACUUUCUUGAAUGGGAUUCUCUAUUUCGAAGAUUUGUUUGAAUCACAUACAGAAAAGAUGGACAGUGGUGUUCUUCCCUGAUGAAAGAUUCAAUCAUGAGCUCCCUUGAUUUCCUAUACUCGAUGAUUAUAUUGAUUGAUCUGUCUUCUGUUGUCUUGUUCUUGAAUGGGUUUCGGCGGCAGCGUCCAUGAGUCACCCGAUUGAUCAGCGUCAUCAUCCUGCAUCUGCAUCAUUGAGGAUGCCCGUUUGUAAAUUUUGGUUGGCUGGGCGUUGCACCCGCUAUCAAUGCCCCUACCUACACGGUCAGAAUCCGCCGUGUGCCUCAAACAGAAACAGCAGUGAUAAAGGUAUCUCUUGGAGAAGAAGUCAUGCCCGGAAAAACCCUAAUGUCGGUCGCUGUAAGAAGCAACUCCAUAACGUUAAUAAUGGGCCGAGCAAACCGACCAAUGAGCUAGAUCACAAGGACUCUUUUUGUAGUCCUUCAUCUGAUGGAGGCAUCCCUUGGAGAAGAAGUUAUGUCUGGAAAAACCCUAAUGUCGAUCCCUGUAAGCAGCAGCUCCAUGAAAAUACUGGAGGGCCAAGCAACCAAAUGAUUGAGCUAGAUCACAAGGACUCUGUUUGUAGCCCUACACCCGAGGAGCACUGUCCACCUUCGUUGCACAGCAGCGGAGAGUCAAGCAAGCUGACAAAUGAGGGUAAUAUGAUUCAACAAGAACAUGAGGAGGCUGUCUGCAGUCCAUCCAAGGAGCAUUGUCCACCUCUGAUCCACAGUGUGGUCAUGCUCGAUAUGAUCAAUAAGGCAAGUUUAAUUACAGACGAUCAUGUGGCAACCAAAGAGAAAUGCAAUGACCUCAAUCCUUGGUUUGAAUACUUGAUUGAUUUACAAGGUCAUGCGAAGGGGAUUGUGGGGAUAGCCCUCCCAGCUGGGUCAGACAAGCUAUACACUGGCAGUCGAGAUGGAAUAGUCCGAGUUUGGAACUGUAACACUGGCCAGUGCAUUAUGAUGGUAGAUAUGGAAGCUGAAAUCAUAUGCAUGUUCAACAAAGGGCCAUGGGUGUUUGCCGGUGUUCACAAAGCUGUUAAGGCAUGGAAUACAGAGACUGGCUUGCAAAUAAGCCUAGAAGGAUCCGCUAGCCGGGUGAAUGCCUUGGCAUUCCAAAACGAACUCCUCUUUGCUGGACUCGAGUAUGGAAUUAUUCUAGUGUGGAAGUCCAAUACAGAGGGCAACAACUUUGAACCAGCUGCUGUACUCACUGGGCAUAGACAAGCUGUUGUGAGCUUGAUUGUGGGAGUUAGGCUUUACUCUGGAUCAGUUGACGAGACAAUUAGAGUCUGGGACCUCGAAACUCUUGAGUGCAUUCACACUCUCGAGGGCCAUACAUCAACUAUUACAUCUGUAUUGUGCUGGAACGACUAUCUCUUAUCUUGCUCAUUGGACUGCACGAUUAAGGUUUGGGCAGCCACGAAUACCGGCAGUAUGGAACUAAUAUAUACCCACAAUUUAGAGCAUGUAAGUUGCAUAUGUUUAUUCAUUUCUUUUGGAUGAAGGU